UCUACGUAUGUGAGUCAUUGUCCUGCGUAAGCUAACGUCAGCUAACGUGCUAGUCAGAGGCUAGCUGAAAACACAAAGAGGAUUUAAUUUCUUCUACAUACAAAUAAACCGUUUUGGCUCCUGGAAGAACGUAUUAGAGUUUGAACCUUCUAAAAUGAGCAAGAGGAAAGCGCCACAGGAAUCUUUAAAUGAGGGAAUAACGGACUUUCUAGUCGAGCUGGCCAACUACGAGAAAAAUGUCAACCGAGCAAUACACAAGUACAAUGCAUACAGGAAAGCAGCAUCUACCAUUGCGAAGUAUCCCAACAAGAUCAGGAAUGGAGAAGAGGCCAGAAAACUGGAUGGUGUUGGAGCUAAGAUAGCAGAGAAGAUUGAUGAGUUCCUUCAAACUGGCAAACUAAGGAAACUGGAAAAGAUCCGAAAUGACGAUACCAGCUCUUCCAUCAAUUUUCUCACCAGAGUUACUGGAAUUGGCCCUGCUGCCGCCAGGAAGUUUUUUGAGGAAGGGGUGAAGACUUUGGAUGAUUUGAAAAAAGUUGAGCACAAGCUAAACCAUCAUCAAAAGAUUGGACUCAAAUACUUUGAAGAAUUUGAAAAAAGGAUCCCGAGGUCUGAAAUGGAAGAGAUGGAGACUCUCAUUCUUGGGGAGUUGGAGAAAAUCGAUACAGAAUACAUCGGAACAAUCUGUGGAAGCUACAGGAGAGGUGCGGCAUCAAGUGGUGAUAUUGAUAUUCUGUUGACCCAUCCAGACUACACUUCUGAAACUGAGAAGCAGGCAAGGCUUUUUGCCAAGCUCCUUCAUGCUGUGGUCGAGCAUUUGGAGUCCAUUGGGUUUGUGACAGACACCCUCUCUAAAGGAGACACCAAGUUCAUGGGAGUCUGCCAGCUACAGCACAGUGAUAGCGAUGGGGAGGAAUACCUACACAGGCGUAUUGAUAUUAGGCUAAUUCCCAAGGACCAGUACUACUGUGGAGUUUUGUAUUUCACUGGAAGUGACAUCUUCAACAAAAACAUGAGAACUCAUGCUCUGGAGAAGGGCUUCACUCUUAACGAGUACACCAUACGACCACUUGGUGUCACCGGUAUGGCAGGGGAGCCUCUGUUGGUGGAUAGUGAGAGAGACAUCUUUGAGUACAUCCAUUACAAAUACAAAGAGCCAAAAGACCGCAGCGAGUGAACAUCUGGAAAAUAAAGUUACAGCUGUCCUGCAAGCAAGAUUUAAAAAAUUGUUUGUUGGUUUGUUACUUGUUCUCCAAUUACCCAGGAUAUUGAAAGAAAAACUGUGAGAGUUAUUUAAAUUCUUUUUCUUUUGAUCAUAUUUUCCAUGAGGGUAAAAAUGAUCUCUGAUAAUGAGAUUUUUAACCUUGAUUCUUUAGCUUAGAAACUCUGUAUUCAAAUGUUUUUGUAAAGGUGCUUAACAUUGGUUUUAAAGGUUUACAAAUCAUGUUGAACUAUUAUUUAAUGUUCUGUGCUAAACUUUUUAUUUUUGAUACAGCAGAAAGGGAUUUUAAUCUGAGAAGAGCAGUUUUAUGGAGGAAUAAUGACUGUUACUGUUGGUGAUCAUCCUGAACAUUGAGAAAGUUUCAAUGUAUUGUCCUUAACAAUAAUGUUCCUCAAUACCUUUAUGGUUUGGACUUUUUUGUUCUCUUUUUAUCUCCAGACUAUGCCUUCGCCCCAGUGUAGGCACAAUGAGCUGAAAUGCAACAGCAGUGCAAGCUAAUUUCGAAUAAUAAUUUAUUGGUUUUAGAGCAAGAAAAACAAUCAAAACUUAUGGAACAAAUUUGGCUUUCAUGUUUUACUUUUAUUGGAGAUUAAAUGUCUGUUAAUGUACUGUUAAACUUGAUACUGGAUCUGGAUGUGCUUGGUAGAGGACACUAGCAUAUAGUUGUUAGAAGUGAAUAAACUUUGAUGUUCAACCUCAAUAUUUAGUUUAGGUGUUUGCUUCAAUAUACUGUAUCAUAAUUUUGACAAUGUAUUUAAACAUUUGGGAUUUGAAAUUCAGUCAUCGACUGAUACAUUUCAAUGAGAAAUAAAACAGUAAAAAUGCAUGUUUUUGUCAUCUUCCAUUUGCUUGAGCAGUUUUGUCAAAAACAAAUCUUGAAAAGGUUUGAAUAGGAUUUGAUGGUUUAUAAUUUACUUACAUUCAUGACUUGAAAGGACUUCUCUUGGUAAAAAGCAUUUUUUUCAAUAUAGAAAAGUUACUUUCUUGCUAUAUGUUUUCUAAC